CUAGAAUGUCCGAUAUCGAUAGAGAUGGACAGGAUAUUCGACCAGAAGAGGCUGCAGUACUCGAGCAGCUCGAGAUAAUGUCGAAUCAAUCAUCAUCACAACCAUACGUUCCCCACGUCCUUUCAGUUAUAGGAGAAGAAACUGAGCCGGGGACAUCCAGCCAAAGUAAUAGCAAUAGCAGGAGUAGAUCGUCUUCCACGAACGACGUCUUCAAAUCUUUCCCUGAUUUUAAGAGUUUAGAUGAAGCAGACACCACCAGUUCACAUUCUAGUAAGGGUCAUCCAGCUUCCACUAAGCCUCCCUCAAGUUUGCAGCACGUCCCCACUAUAUCAAGUAUGAGCAGCCGUUCGAGUGCACAAGCAAGCUCUAUACCGACUAUUCCUUCGCAAUAUUCCUCAAGACAACCACCAGCUUUAGAAACACCGGCGUUUAGCAACUCCCCAUUCCCGAACAUGGCAUUUGAUCAGCAAUCGACCCACUCGAGGAGCAAUUCAGCUUCGGAAAACACUAGCAGAGCCGGCAACCUUAUUGCUUUCUUUGAGAACAGCAAAGAGAAGGAAAAGGAGCAGGAGAAGGAGAGAGACACCUAUAGUUCUCCCGUUAUUAGCAAGGUUAUACAGACGAAGCGGCCUAUAAACCUCAACCGAAACAAGGACGAGCAGAUGCCACAAAAGCCUGUACAACAGCCGAACAUUCCUAGUCUACCUUCACCUACUCGUCUCGAAAGUCUUACGGACGGAUGGGAGACUAUGAUCAGUUCAACCAACACGACGGACCUUUCGACACCAUUGACUUCUCACAAAACUCCAAUGACUUCUCAGCGACCUUCUUCACCAAUCGAUUUGUCUAGCUUUGACGACAUCACUGAACAAAUCGCGCGUGCUGGCACACUUUGGUACUUACACGUACACGAUGGUACUCCUUACCGCUGGGUGCGUGCUAGAGCUGCGCUCCUCCCAACCACACUCAAGCUUUCUUUCUUGCCUUCACCUGACCUUCCUAAUUCAAGACUUCAGCGCCAAAUUGUUACCUUGGAUCUCAACCACUGUUCUGAAGUACGCUCAAUAGCAAGUCCUUCAAACCCAGCAUCGCACAAGAUGGAUCUGGGUUUGGUCGCAGCUAGAGAACAAGGAGGUUUGGAAGGUGUCCUCAAUCCGUUUGUCUUGGUAUAUCAAGAUGGUUGGGAGAGACUAGCCACUGAUAGUGCCAGAGAGCGUGUUCAAUGGGUGGGCGCAUUCUGGGAUGUCAUCAGACCAAUACAAACACCUCAAACGCGAAUGCUACAAAGAGAGCCAUCAAAUGCCUCAGGCUCAUCUGCCACGUCUCGGAAUUCACCAUUGCUACAACCAGGUCAGACAACACUUACAGGUACACCUAUCGUUCGCAGACCAGUAUCACCAUCUAAUUCAAAUGCUGGUUCUGUUUCUGCAUUCAACGUCCGCUCAGAAGACUUUGGUGCACCAGAGCCAACCGCCAGUGACUCCGAGCAACACUCGAACAGUAUGAGAAGCAGAUCGACCAAAUCCAAGAAGAGAGAAAGUCUAGAUGAUAUGUCAAUUGGUAUGAUUGCUACUGCAUCAACAUCCGACACAGUACGUGGAUUAGGUAUCUUGUCAGAUACGAGGGAUGGUAGUGCCAAUGACAGUGAAGCCGAUGAUAUUAUUUUCCCUCCUUCAGUUUCUGUGAGAGCGCACAGAAGAGGAGGACGUAGACGGCGAUCAGGAAGAUCAUCUGAUAGCAGCUCAACAUCAAGCACGACAACCACGAAGUCUACCAGCAAGAAGAGUGAGUCGAAGAGCUAUGGUACGAGUACGGAGAGGAUGUUGAAAUCACCCAAACUUGGUCAGCUUGCUGAAGACGCUGACGAGGAGGAUGAAGGGCAGACCAGGUCGGCCGUCAGUAGCUUGGAGAAAGACAAUGAGAGCACACCUUCACCUCAGCAGCCAGAAAUUGCAACAACGCCUAAAACUCAGUCAGCUAGAUCUCACUCUCAGUCACGUUCACGCACCCAUUCGAUGCGGUCAAUUCAAAAGACACCAGAAAUGUCAGCCCAAACUCAGAACACAAAUGAUGUCAUGCGUUCAAUCCCUUCUUCAUCUUCUUCGUCACGCAGUUUGAGAGAGAUCGAUGAAAACGGAACGUCAACUAAUGAGUUGAUGAGAUCGCUAUCAAGGAGAUCAUCCAAACCAUCAACUAUGAAGAAGGCCGAAAGUUUGUCCUCUUCACGUAAGUCAUUGGCGCAAAUAGCAGAUGAGCUUGGUGACAGUCCAGAAGAUCAAGAAUUAAAAGAUGCGUUAUCGGAUUUGAUUAACAAGAGCAAGCAGGGAACGCCUGAGCAGGGUGGAACACCAUCAGCUUCCAGCGUUUCAUUGAGCAGGAGGAGUGGAAUGAAGCGCAAUGGUAGCAACGCGUCCUCAAAUCGCUCGUCGAUGUUGAGGAGCAAGGAUAAGUCAAUGUCGACAGAAUUCCUCACUGCACAGACACAUCCUCAAUCUCAAUCGAAUCAAGUCACUAGCACCGCUUCACAAGCCCCACUUACGACUCACAAUUCAACUGCACCUACAAGUACAGCUUCACAGGCACCGAUAACCACACGCCAUUCAACUGUCCCAUCAACACAUACCAAUAGCUCACCAUCUGCACCUCUUCCAACCAACAACACUGAAGUGAGCGAGCGCAAGCCUUCUUCAUUAUCUUCGUCUAUCAAGUCAUCCACAAAGACACCAACUAGAUCAAGGUCACAGAAGAGCGCAUCAUCGAAAGCACGCUCUGAUAUCGCCCCACCUGAGCAAGGUAGUGAAGAGAUUGUUGAAAUUGGUACGGAAUACGAUGACGAAUUUGAUAUGGAUUUGCUAGCCCCAUCGCGCACAGGCUCACCAGAUUCAAUGUGGCCUCCUUCAAGAGUUUCUUCACUCGUCAGCAGGAGCAAAGCCCCUACUACAGUAUCACGCAGUUCUACGAUAGAUUCAAGAUUAUUAGCACCUACAGUCAUUUCUGCAUCUUCAGACGGCAGUACAAUGAUGCAACUCGAGAAGAGCAGCGAUGGUCAGACAGUGACGCCAGAAAUCGUUAGCGAUAUCGAUAGGAAAUUCCUCACAGGAGAAUUGGAGAAGUUGUUCAAUUCAUUAUUAGCUAGGGAUGCAGGAAAGUCCACACAAAAUGACAACAUCCUUAACGCAAUUCAAGAUGAGUUACGCCUAUUGGCUGAAGCAAUUAGAGUCCUACCAUUCCGGAGAAGGGGUAGCGGCGACUUGUCAGUGACGACUGAAGGACAACUUACUGAUCAUCAAACUAUACCUGAUUUACCAGCUGCACCACAAGCCGAAACAUUUAGCGACAAUAAGUCAGGAGAUAUCUUACGUGAAAUCAGACAUAAAUCUAGUUCGAACUCUAUGCCACCACCAGCUCAACCAAUUGUUCAAGAUGACAAAGCGGUGCACGACUUAGAAAACAAAGUGAAUAGCCUCAUUGAUGUCUGUCGUGAUGCUCUUGAUUCGACUGGUCGCGAUAGGCGCGUUAGAGAUGAUACUGAGGAGCGUAACAAUAAGCAUAUGAUGAGAUUGGAGAAUCUUAUGAGGAGUUUAAUUCGUCAUUUCACACAUGGUGGUGCAUCAAGUAUUUCUAGCUGGCCUGAUAUGAUGUCGGAACAUCCAUUUGAUGAUGUCGAAGAAGAUGAGAUUGAUGAUGCGGCCUCUAGUUCAACAGUUACGCAAAAGCCAGCAAUCGAGCAAGUACGACCAAGUCCAGAUGAUAUGUAUCCUCACGACUCAAUCUCAAUGCGCGAUGUGAUGGGUCCACUACCAACACCGCCAAUUUUGGAUUCAAAUGAGAUAUCCGAGCCAGAAAUACCACAUAUCUCACGUCGUGAGCGCGACUUCACUUCACGUAGACGCUGGGCAAGAUCACUCUCUCCACCACCUAAAUCACUCUCGAGCGUUUCGACUGACACCGCUGAAGACGAGUACGAUGAUAUGUUGUACCCAGACAUAUACGAGCCAGGUCCACCACUCGAAGAAGGCUAUGUUGAAGAGCUUCCUCGUGAGGAGGAAACCCCACCUGCAAAGGAAACCAAGCCUACGCCAAAGAUCGCAAUGGAUGAGGGUGGUUAUCCACGCACAGCUAAAGAGUGGAACAACCAUGAGUUUAGACCACCACAAGAGCGUCUGGCGAAGCCACACGGUCCACAAUUUCCACCGGGUGGUAUGUCAAUGCGUCCGCCAAUGCCAGCUCCGCAUAUGAACAUGCCACAUCCCAUGAGACCAAACUACACAUCAUUCAGAGGAGGUUUCAGACCACCACCAAACUUCAACGGUAACGUCAGACCAGCCAUGCAAGGCUUGAGGGGCUUCCACCCACCGAUGCUUCCACCGAUGAUGGGUGGUGCGCCAAUGCGUCCAAUGAUGAGACCGGCUAUGGGCACGGGUCCAAUUCAUGGCGCCGGCCCUAUGCCAAUGAAUGGAUCUGUACCGAUGAGAAGUACUCCUAUGUUUAGGCCAUCUCCUCCAAUGAUGAAUAGCGCCCGUGGCGGUCAGUUUGGUAGAUUUGGUCCAAUGCCUCCUCCUGGUAUUCCAAUGGGUGGUAUGGGUAUCCCAUUGCGUUUCGGUUCCGAAUUCCAUCCUGGAUUCAAUGAAACUCUUUACAAUACUAGACGUGCAGGAUGGAACACAGAGGAAAUUCUGAGACAUCAAAUGGAUGCUGAUAGGUACCUUGGUGCACUCAACAAUUGGCUCGAAAAAGAAGUUUCUGCCAAGAUUAACGAGUGGGGACCUAUUCAACGUCAAAUUAAAGACAUGGAAUUGGUCUUAAGAGACGUCCGUGAUUCUGUCGCCAGUGGUGCUAGAAGCAUGCCUGAUGGCUCAAAUCGCGGUAUGGCAGAUCCAAGUGGUCAAAACCGCGGCGAAGUACCAUCUGGAGGAGAUAAAGACUCACGUGCAAUGGGAGACGCACCACAAGGCAAGGAUGGUUCAGAUAGAGCAGUGAUGUCCGAACUGGGCUCUAUAUCUCCACAUUACGGUGAUGAGAAAGCCGUACAUCCUUCAGAAACAAUGCG